UUGCUUCCGGGUCGUAACUGAGCCCCCGGGUAAAGACUGGAAGCUCUGCAUCUCGUUUCCGGUCCUGGGCCUGGCGCCCUCGGCGCCGAGAUUUCUGGGAGUUAAGGGUCGCCAUGGUUCACGAGUGAGCUUCGGAAGGUGCUGCGUCGGACCCCCGCCAGAACUAAAAGAUGACAACAGCAGCCAGGCCAACUUUUGAACCUGCAAGAGGUGGGAGAGGAAAAGGAGAAGGGGAUUUGAGCCAGCUCUCCAAGCAGUAUUCAAGCAGAGACCUUCCCUCUCAUACAAAGAUAAAGUACAGACAAACCACACAGGAUGCCCCUGAGGAGGUUCGCAACCGUGACUUCAGGAGAGAGCUGGAAGAGAGAGAGCGAGCUGCUGCAAGGGACAAAAACAGGGACCGCCCAACUCGAGAGCAUACAACUUCCUCUUCAGUGUCAAAGAAGCCCCGCUUAGACCAGAUUCCUGCUGCCAACCUUGAUGCUGACGAUCCUCUCACAGAUGAGGAAGAUGAGGAUUUUGAAGAGGAGAGCGAUGACGAUGAUACUGCAGCUCUUCUGGCAGAGCUAGAAAAGAUCAAGAAGGAAAGGGCUGAAGAGCAGGCCAGGAAGGAACAAGAACAAAAAGCAGAGGAAGAGAGAAUUCGCAUGGAAAACAUUCUGAGUGGAAACCCUCUCCUAAAUCUCACUGGCCCAUCCCAGCCUCAGGCCAACUUCAAGGUUAAAAGAAGAUGGGACGAUGAUGUCGUUUUUAAGAACUGUGCAAAAGGUAUAGAUGAUCAGAAGAAAGACAAACGAUUUGUAAACGAUACACUGCGAUCUGAAUUUCACAAAAAGUUCAUGGAGAAAUAUAUUAAGUAGUAUAGUUUUAUGAGCUUAAUUAAAAACUGAAGUGCUAAGGAUCAAUUUGACUUUUUUGGGUUUUGUUCUUUCCCAGUGUUACCUUUCUCAGUCUCUUUCCCUUAGUGUGGUACUUUAUUGGAUAAUGGAUUUAGAAUUGGAUCUAACCAGGCCUUAGUUUCUUUUUAAUAUGGGAAAAGAGGAAUUUGCUUAUAAUAAAUAUUUUUAACCUAAAUAAACCACUGUCCCCAACUUUUUGCUACAA